CGGUGAUAGUAGCCAGCCAGCAGUCGUGCGCUGAGGUAGCUGCUGCGCAGGUGAUCGCUCGCUCUCUCACCUAACCUCUCUUUCACAAACUCACGUCCUCUCUCGCACUCCUCCACUUCCUUCCGGAACACACUGUCUAGUUUUCCAGAUUUUGUCCCAAGAACAUAGCUGGAUUUCUCAGUUUCCUGUCAGACACAAUAACAGAUUUCCGAGUUUCCUCACAGACUCAAUUCCGAAUUUAUCGCUUUCCUCACAUACCUACAAGUUUUUGAGUUGUCUGUCAAAAAUACUUCGAAAUUUCUCACUUACAUUACAAACAUACGAAUUGAGUUUCUUCUCAAACUCACUUCCCAAUUUCUAUCAAACACACUUACAAAUUUUCAACUUUUCUCUCAAACUCUCUUCAAAAUUUCGCACUUACCUCUCAAACACUGUUACGAGAGAGUCUUUUCAACUUACCCACUCUCCACAUUCCUCUCACACAUACGUUCGAGUUUUCACAACUUUCCUCUCGCUUUUCCAACUUUCUCCACUUUCGGUUCCCAUUACCAUGAGCGCCACCGCUGAAGUUUCUAGUGCUGCUGGUCAAGACGUUAAGAAGUGUCCGCCGGUCAGACUUCGAUCGGUCUCAUGGCAGGAAAACAUUGAAGACGAUAUCGAAGUGCCCGGAACUCCACGUACUCCGCGCACAUCUACAACACCAGGUCACGAGAAAUGCACUUUCCAUCACGACAUGGAGCUGGACCACAGACCACCAACCAGAGAAGCGCUUCUGCCCGACAUGGCGCGUUCAUACAGAAUGCUGCUCACGUCGCUGGGAGAGAACCCCGAGCGAGAGGGUCUCCUCAAAACCCCCGAGCGCGCCGCUAAGGCCAUGCUUUUCUUCACCAAAGGCUACGACCAGUGCCUAGAAGAUGUUCUGAAUGACGCCGUAUUUGACGAGGAUCACGAUGAGAUGGUGGUCGUCAAGGACAUUGAAAUGUUCUCCAUGUGCGAGCAUCACUUGGUCCCAUUCUACGGAAAAGUUUCUAUUGGAUACCUCCCAAACAAGAAGAUCCUAGGAUUGAGCAAACUUGCAAGAAUCGUUGAGAUCUACUGCAGGAGGCUUCAAGUCCAAGAACGUCUGACAAAGCAGAUCGCCAUUGCUGUCACCAAAGCAGUUCAGCCCGCUGGAGUUGCAGUAGUCGUCGAAGCAGCUCACAUGUGCAUGGUGAUGAGAGGAGUGCAGAAAAUAAACAGCAAGACGACCACAUCUACUAUGCUGGGAGUGUUCAGAGAUGACCCCAAGACACGCGAGGAAUUCUUGAAUCUGGUCAAGAGCAAGUAAAUCCAAACUGGGUUUUAAAACGUUGAUCGAAAAUCAUUAUUAUAUCAUUAUAACUGCCUAUAAUUUACAAUGUAUUGAAACUUUUAUAAUCUUAUCAAUUAGGAAACAAUUCCUCAAAAUUAUUUAAUUAACAAUCAUGAGAAAAUACAUUAACUCUAUUUCUUUGAUUGAUAUUUAUAUGUUCUCACACAAUGACCCAAAUAUGGUAUCAAUAAAAAUUUAAAAAAACUUAUUUUUAUCUUUAAACAAUUCUAGUGGUAUAUUUAUAUGAAAAUAAGGGUUUGCUUAACGUAACAUGAAUUUCUUAGAUGAUUUUGUGGAUUUGAAGUUUUGUAGUUUUACAGUUUUAUAUUAGAGUUAUAUUUAUAUUAAUUGAAGAACACCAUGCCAAUCUAAAUAAGUCAGUUUUCGUUUAUGGAAAAGUGGACCAAACUAUGAUGAAAUUUAUUUUUGGAAUUUGUAUGUUUGAAUAUUAAAUUCUGUUAUGUUCGAAUACGA